GGGUUUGUAUGUACUUAAGUGCUUUUCAUUUGUUGAUCAGAUGAGUUGAAAGGACAGUUGGAGAAACAUCGUAUCUCCCAGGGACUAGCUGGUCAGUAUUCAGGGCUGAUACAAGUACGUAGGCUACACCGAGUAGCUACUUUUUGCGUGGAUAAUCUCAUGUCGGCAACUUCUGUUUCUGCAGUCCAUAUUGGCACUGAUUAUGAGAUGUGUGUGACUGCAGGUCUGACAAGAGGUGUGUCAUCAGAGGUGGAUGGGCAGGAGGAGAGAGAGAGAGAAUUGAAGACCAAGAUUGAGGCAGAGAAGGCGAGGUUCCGGUCUCUGUACCAGAGACUGCGUGGAAUGAAGACUGAGAUCGAACACACACAACAUCUCCUCCACAUGGCCAAGGUCAAAGUCCAACAGGAGUUCGAGGCCUGGUGGCAGAAUCAGGUUGCCAAGGGGGGUGGGGCCAGCAGGUGUGCCUGGAGGACUCCGCCCAUCUCCACCCAAUUACAAAAGCCACUCCCACAACAUUCCGCAGUCUCCUCAGAGUGUUCCGUCGUUUCAAGUUCAGGACAGCACCAAAGUUCAGGACGACACUCAGAAAAACAGAGUUCAGGACACCACAGUAGUCGGCCAGGACAGACUUCUGACCAAUCAGGCGCCGCAAUAAGAAAUGCUCCCUUAGUCAGUAGGACACCUUCUCAUUCGCAACUUCUCUUCCGCUCCUCCCACCUCUCACCCCCUCCCCAUUCAAAAUUGGACCCCCUGACUACCCCCCGCGUGGUUCCCCUGACUGGGGACCCCAGAGCUGACGCCGACAUCCUCGCCUUUUGCCGAGCUAAGCAACACCUCCUCAACAACAGAGGUCCUCGUUAGCCGGAUUUGCAACAUUCCAUGAGAGUUGACUACUGCAAUAACAACACAUGGCGGGACACAUAAUUAUUGUGGUACAAGAGAAUAAAAUGUACGGUACACAUGAUAUAGUGUGGGUGGGUGUGCGGGGCAGUGACACGAAGCAAGGACUAACAAAAAUGACAACAAAUCAUGAGUGAAAAAC